GCGUCGAUGGCAUUAUGUUUAUAUGAACAUGAAAGUGUCUGUUAAAACAAAUCUGUGAGCAGGGCGAGGGAGAUAUGGCUUUUAGCAGGAGAGUUAGAAACUACCCUGGUAUUGGGGCUGAGGGGGUUAAUAAGUCACAGCGCCAGAAUGGUGCCUUCAGAGCAGCCCAUGGGAAACAGCCCAGUGUGGUCACUGCCAUGGACAACACCAUGCUCACCGAUCUGGACCGUCUUAGCCAAGAAGCAACAUUUCGAUAUGGAGCAUGCAGGGAAGAAGAAUUGGAAGUAGUCGACAAGAUUCUCUUUGGCAAUAUUUCUUUUGAAGAUUUGCCUAACUUCAAGUCAAAUGUGGUGCGAGUCUACUUAUGUUCUAUGUUCACAGAUUCAGUGAAUGAAAGGAAUGCACUGAUGGAACAAGCCUACCCAAGAAUUCGUCAGAUACUCAGGGAACAGUACGGACUGGAGUUUUCGGUUGUCGAUCUGAGGUGGGGUAUUCCAGCCCUUGAUGAUGAUGGCAACCAUGAGUUUGAGGACUUUGCUCUACAUCAUCUGAAGGAUUGCAGGGAGGACUCACUGGGACCUAGUUUUGUGGCACUCAUUGGACAGAAGAAUGGACGCCGCACGUUACCAUUCACUGUUGAGCGUAUGGUUUUUGACAGUAUUAUAGAGGCACUCAAAGAAGAUGGAAAGGACACCACUAUUCUUGAGAAGUGGUAUAUACGUGAUCAGAACAGCAUACCAAACGUCUAUGUCCUCCAGUCACUUUCUUCCAACCAAGAUGCAGACAAACCAGAAAACUGGCAGACAGUCUACAAAGAACUCACCGAGUUGCUUGAGUGUGGCACCAAAAUAUGCAUGAAGAAGAAGGAAAUUGACCACAAACUCAUCAUUAAACUCCAGCAAUCAGAACUUGGGGCUGAGAUUAGCGGUGGUAUACCAUCAACAGAACGAGACUACAGGACAAAGAACUGUGCCUGUUUCUUUCGCAUGAUAUCAGAUCUUCCUGAUCGGUUGAAUGAAAAGAAUGCAUGGAAAUACAUUGAUUUCAUUCAAGACACAAAACAAGCAGAUGACAAAUUACAGGUUUAUUUACAAGAAAUGAAGACCGAAAUGAAUAACCUCAUGGAUGGAAGUUCCAAUGUCAAUAAGUCGUGCAUUGAUUGGAGUGGGAAGGAGGGGGUUGACCCUGUUGCUCAUAGGACAUAUAUAAACCAAAUGUGCACAUUAUUUGAAAAGUAUGUGCUAGAUCUCGCUACUGUGAACUCUUACAAAAAUGAAGCAAAAUCUUUUGGAGACGACGUUUUUCGUGAGGCGCUUCGACAUUGGAAAAUAGCACGUAUGUACAGUGACAAUUUCUCUGGUCGCCAGUCAGCGAUCGAGAAGAUAAAGAAAUACUUGUUCAGUGACACGAGAAAGAUUCUAGUCCUCCAUGGUGAGAGUGGGGAGGGUAAGAGUACCUUGGUGGCUCAUGCAGCCAGUCAAGUUCAGAGGAUACUCAAGGAGAUGGACUUGCCAAUUGCUAUCAGUGUUGCGCUGAGAUUCCUUGGGACGACAACGAAGAGUAUGAAUGUCUACGAGGCGAUGAGGAGUAUUUGCCACCAGGUGGCAUACACAGGCAACAUGUUCCGGCAUAGGAUACCAACAGACAUGAAAGGAAUAAAGAAGUAUUUCAUGGAUGUAAUCCAGAAAGGGGAAUUUCAUGGGAUGUUGGUGUUGUUUCUUGACUCCCUUGAAGAGCUUGUGGAUGUUGAGGAUGAACACAAAUUGACCUGGGUACCUUCCAGGAUAGCGGAGAACGUCCGAAUCAUCAUCACAACGAAACCAGGAAAGAGUGGUGUUCUGGAUAAACUAAAGAGCAUCAUUGACGACCCGGAGAUGUUCUUCGAACUUGACAAACUUGAUUCAAAUGACUGUGAGAAUAUGGUGAAGUAUCAUAUGAAGAACAAUAACCGGGCUUUUGUUUACAACCAAUGGUUGAGCAUAACAGCAGCAGUAAAGAAAUGCCAAAGCCCAUUGUUCAUCAGACUGAUUUUUGAAGAAAUCAGACUAUGGAAUUCUUGGACUGUUGUUUCAGAAGAUGCAUUAGGUUCGUCAGUAUCAGACUGCCUAGAUAGGUUGUUAGCGAAGUGGGAGGCUAGUCAUGGAGACGUUUUGGUCAAACACUGCCUCUCAUAUCUUGCAGUCAGCAAAAACGGGUUGAGCGAGGCAGAGCUGUUAGACUUGCUUAGCAUAGAUGAUGUUGCUCUGAACUCACUGUUAGAACGCUUGGAUUAUUCAUGGCAGCCACCCAUGAGGAGAUUCCCUCCAAUUCUGUGGGCGAGAUUGAAACAAGACAUCAAGCCCUACCUGUUUGUUCAUGAAGCGGACAACAUACUGGUGAUGACGUGGCGUCACGCUGCCAUGAAGGAGAAGAUAAACACAAGGUACAUGAACAGCCUAGACAAAUUGUUGCAUUUCCAUAGGCAUUUAGCAGAUUACUACCUUGGAAGGUGGGGAGGGAUUGCAAAGAAACCAUUCCAAUAUCCACUCAAAAUGGCAGAGAAAUUCCACCUGCAGAACAGAAACUGUUCUGCUUGUCGGUACGUGCCAGAACAGCCGGUCAUUUUCAUAACCAACAAUGGGUUGAAGAAGAUUUACAAUCUCAGGAAGCUCAGCCAGCUACCAUACCAUCUGGCCAAAAGCUACAACCACGCACUUCUCAAAAGUGAGGUCUACUUCAACCAUGACUGGAUCUAUGCAAAACUCAAAGUGUGUUCCCUUGCAGAGUUACUCACAGAUUAUCGCUACCUGGAUGAAAGAGAGGUGAACAUAGUUGCAUCUGCCCUGAAGAUGUCAGAAUUUGCCCUCCUAAUCAACCCAGAGAUCAUAGGAUUUGAGUUGUCUGGUCGUCUUCUACCUCAUUAUACGAAGUUUCAGCAAAUACAGAAUUUGAUUGACCAAUGUGAUCUGACUGCCAUGAAGCACUGUCCUUUGGUACCCAACUUCCAACUCUACACAGCUCCAGGUGGACCACUACAGUACACUUGUCAAGUUGAAGAAGGUAUCAAGAGUCUGGUUGAUGUUAAUCUGAUCCAUACUUCUGACUCUCUUCUUCUUGCUGCCAAAGCUUACUACAGCAGCAACGUCAGAGUCUGGGACGUCACCCAGGGAGAGCCAAAGCCCGACAUCAUUUUCUCUGGUCCAGGUGAGAUGUUUCCUACACCGGAUGGAACCAAACUCAUCAUGUUCCGCAACUACAAGAAAGUUGAAAUCUACCUCACAGCAACUGGGGCACUCUUGUCAGAAAUAGAGUAUGGCAAUGGUAAACCACUACACGUAUCCAUCACAAACAGAUACCUAGCAUUUACAUUAGAGAAAAUUGCCUGUCCCUAUGUCAUAGAUUUUGACUUAAACACGCUCCUCCACAAGAUGACCUAUCAAUCACAGAUUGUAGCCUUGUCACAAGAUGGUAAAUAUUUGAUCUGCAAUGCUGGACAUGUCUUGGCCGUGCAUGAAAUUCCAAUGAUGGAGAGGAAAUGUGUGAUGACGGGAGACGACAUUCCAAAACAGAUUCAGUUCACCAAGAAGAAUACGAAACUGUUUGUUCUGACCGGAUCAAAUAUCCUUCAGUCUGUUACCUUGGAUAUUGUCAACAGGAAAGCCAACACAUCUCAACUCGUUAGAGAUCUCGGCAUGAAAGAAUUCGUCCUGUCACACACAGAGAAAUACAUCCUGGCUCGAUGCGCCCGCUACCUGUUUGUGUUUGACACAAAAACAGAGACAGUUGUCCAUCGCCUGCAGAAGAUGCCACAAGGCGCAUUGCUGGAUGAACUUUCAAACUUUGUAGGGGCUGGUUUCACUCCAAACGAUUCUCUAGUUGUAGCUGCACGGGCUACAAACCUGGCAGUCUGGGAUACCAAGACUGGUACACCAAUGCGUCUGCUCCAAGUUGCCACAACACCAAUCAAGAGAUUGUUUUUGACCAAUGCCAUGAACAAAGCAAUCACGCUUCUUGAGAACAACUCUCUUCAAGUUUGGAACUUCCAUAAUCUCUGCAUUGACAUGCAGCAUCGAAAACAGGUUACCAAUGGUGGAGUUGUUUCUCUGAGUGUGUCUAAGAAUGGUAAGCUUGUAUGCCAUGGGGACAAACAUGCUGACGCAGCAGUCGUGGACCUGGGGUCAACCAAUGGUGAUGUCUUAUACACAUUCCAACACAGCGAGAAGCAAAACGAGAAGAUCAAGAGCACAGAGAUGGGCGCAAAUGGCCAGUUCAUGAUCACAAGGGGGCCAGAUGAUGAAACAGACCCUGGUCAUAAGCCUUGGAGUCAACUGACAGAAGAUAAACUCUGGGAAGUCUCAAGUGGGAAGAAGCUGUGUACAGUGCCUGGAGUACGCUACAGCACUGUCAGUAACGCAGGCAACCUAGCAGCAUUUUUCCAGUGUCGGUUCUUCGAUGCCGAUCCAGAUGGCGAUAUGUCUUUUAACUGUGUUCUCUAUGACACUCAGACAAAAGAGCAAGAAUCAAUCGACUAUCCAACAGGGAUGUUGAUGAGUAAACCGUUCUUCGACAAUGAUGGGGGUACUAUCAUCUACCUCUCGCAGAGAAGGUCUAAAGGAAUCCAGCUUAACACCCACACAGUCGUGAAGAAUUCUCACCCUAUCAAGUCAUACAGCAUGAAGGAUAUCAACAAAGAUGCUUCACCUAUGGAUCAUUUCCUGGACGUAUGGCCCAGCAAGGUACUCCUGAACGCUGCAGUGAUUGCCUACAGUAAAAAAGUGGAUCAUUUCAGCUUCACAACAGAGCUGGAAAUAAACAGGGACAGGCCAAUGGCCAAGGGCAUUCUCAUUGUUGACUUGAAUAAAAUGACGGUUCUCCAAGAUUGUAAGAACUUGAUGAGAAGUGACUCCAAUAUCACCAGAUCACUGAUCUCACGUGAUGCCUCACAUGGCAUUGACGAUCAGCUGCGUGUAUUCGAUUUGAAAACCUCCAAACCAAACAAUCAAUUGACCGCAUUAGACUUGGACGUGGAGUUUGGACAGUAUCGUCUGCUCAUGCGUGGGAAAUAUUUGGCAUAUUUCUCACCAGACAAGAAACAUCUGAUGGUUCUGAGGACGAGCGAUGGUGUUAAGGUGGGGUCAUGUUUCAUCCACUGCCCAGGCACAUGCCUCGAGAUCGGCCAUGAUGACAGGAUGAUUAUUGUCGGUUGCGAAGAUGGCAGGGUCAUGGUUCUUUCCCUGAUCCUUGAGCUUGCAGAUCCAGUCAGGGAAUUCAUCAGCUACCUUCCCAGCAGAAACAAGCAGGGCAGACGACCAUCCAAUAUGCUUUCUAAUGAUGUCAAACAUGCAAGCACGUCAAUCUACGAUCAGAGAAGACUUGCUACCAAAAUGAGAUUGGAAAAACAACUGAUGGACAGAAAGGCACCAAGUUUUAAAACCGUUGCCACUGGAGCAUUGAUUCUGAAUAGGACAAGACAGGUAUCCCUCACAAGUAACACAAUAAAUCCUAGUCAGGAAAAGAUCCAAAUGAGCAAGGCCUGCACAAUUCAGUAAACAAAACGUUUAUCGGUUUAGGUUAUUAUUUGUACCAGUCCUCUGGCUAGCCAAAGCGCCAAGCACAUUACAAAAUGUGUAAUUUUCGAGUUUGCUAAAAAAGGUUUAAUGUUUUGUAAUAAUUUUAAGUCUGUUAUACCAUAAUUCAGUAUUUUUUGGACAUA